ACGUUUCUGAAGUUUUAACGUUAUUUCUAUCUUCACCAAGCAAGUCUAUAUUUUAAAUCUCUGAGGUUGAACUCAAGACUUAGAACUGCAGAUUGUUGUCGACGUGAAGAAAGCCAUCACAUUACACGGAGACCAAUUUAUUCAAGAUGAGCAUUGGUUACAUCUUCAGGGUGAGAAUAUCAUCGUUUUUCGCAGGAGCGGCAGCUGCAUUUGGAUUAGGUUUAUAUGUACUCCAGGGAGAUUAUCAGGCCACCCAUCAUAUCCUCUCACAGCAGACAAAGGAAUUGUUUAGUUCCCUUGAUGGGCGCAUAUCAGAAUUGGAAAAGCUGAAACAGAAUGCAACAUCAUCAGAAGAGCAACAAUCAUCUGAACAGGUUGGUUAAAAUAUAUGCCGUCCUUUUAAAGUGCAGCGGCUAUCUAGUUUUUUGCAACUAGAGUGUCUUAUUUUGAAAAAAUAUAAUGUUACUGGAUUAAUGCUGUGAAGCAACCUUGAUUGACAUUUUCUGGAAUUUAUUGACAUUUAACAUUAUCCAUCUAAACAAUCGGUGAACUUGUAAUCACAAGAGGGAGGAGUAGAAUAUCAUACAGAUUUCUGAUCGUCAGUUUUCCUUUGGUUGGUUGAUCUCUUUAUCAAACAAAGAAAAAGGCAAAGAAGAAACGAAAUUGUGCAUAUGUCGAAUGAAUAUUUGCUAGUAGAAAAUGAUUCAUUCUCGAACUGUGGACUAGUCUGGUUUAUGCUUGUAUCGAAGAUUAUAUUUUUGUUUGUCUGGGUUGUUAUGCUUGAUAGCUGUGCCUUUGAUGCACUUGUGCAAGUCAGUAGAUUGUCCACCUUGCAUAGAAAUAUAUAAUAUUUUUGUGAA